AUGAAGUUCUCUGCCGUUGCUGUCGCUGCUCUCAUCACCGUCGCUGCCUCUCAAGGCAUCAGCGAACUCCCCAAGUGCGCUCAAGUCUGCGCCGGUAAAGGGUUCCCUGCAGAAUGCGGCGCCGAUGUCAAGUGCAUCUGCACUUCUAGCUCGUUCCUCGACGCCAUCACUUGCUGCGUCGCGACCUCGUGCAACUCUGACGAGCAGAAGAAAACGAUCCAAUUCGCCAAAGGAAUCUGUGGCGGCGUGGGUGUCAACGUCCCCGACUCCGCCGUCUGCCCAACUGCCUCUUCUUCCGGCCCUGGUGCGCCAUCCUCGACUGCAGCUCCCUCCGGCAGCACCUCUGAGACCGGAUCCGUCACCGGCACCGCCAUCACUGGAACCGUCUCCCCUACCGGCACCAGCAGCCCAUCUGGAUCCGCUACCGAGUCUGGCUCUUCCUCCACCACCCACUCUACCGGUUCUGGCUCCCCAACUACCUCCUCGGCCAGAACUCCAACCCAGACCGGCAACGCUGCUUCUUCCGUCAAUGCGAACGGUGGCCUCCUCGCUGCUAUUGCCGCUCUCGUCGUCGCUGUUGCAUAA